UUAGAGAAUCAUUAUCUCCCUCGCUGUAAUAUCUUUCUCGCUCGCUACCCUAAUCUUUAUGCUCCUGUCACUCUCUGUCUGUACUCAGAAAAAAAAGUAAAGAUAGCCUCUUCUCUCUCUUCUCUCUCAUUCUGCUCUGUUUCUUUCAUGUUUUUAUGAGAGUUUCUCAACAAUUUCUGGUCUUUGGGUUUAUUUAGAGUGAGAAAAAACGAGUGAGAGGAAAGAGAAACUUCUGUAUCUAUUUCUUUCCUUUUUAAAAAAAAACUUUUUGUUGGGCGUGGAACUUCGACUUCCACAAAUAGGUUUCGAUCUCUUCCUUCAACUUCUGAUUCGCCCAUAAGCUUUCUAAAUCUAAAACCUGACAUGGAACAACAACCAGGUUGGAAUUUUGAGGAGACUUACAAUUUCUCCAUUAACCGAAGAUCUAUAAGGCCACAAGAUGACCUAGUGGAGUUGUUAUGGCGAGAUGGGAAAGUGGUUAUGCAGAGCCAAACUCACAGAGAGCAAACAAAAGUCCAAACUCAGAAACAAGAUCAUCACCAAGAAAACCUAAGAUCCAACACCUUUCUUGAAGAUCAAGAGACCGUCUCUUGGAUCCAAUACCCUCCAGAUGAAGAUCCAUUCGAAACCGACGACUUCUCCUCCCAAUUCUUCUCAACCGUCAAUGCCCUCGAGAGGCCGGACUCAGCCUCUGAGUCGGUUAAGCACGAGACCGGUCCUGACCCUCCUCAUCCGGUCAUGCCUCCUCCUAAGUUCAGGGUAACGGAUUCAUCAUCAGGAGUCAGGGAACCAGGAAAGGAACAGUACUCGGUGGUGACCGUUGGACCGAGCCAUUGCGAGAGCAACCAAUCUCAGAACGAUCUCGAUGUUGCAAUGAGUCAUGAUCAGAGCAAAACCAUCGAUGAGAGGCUUUUCCCGAACGCAAGUUCAUCAUCAGGUGGCUCCUCUGGUUGCAGCUUUGGCAAGAACAUAAAAGAAAUGGCUAGUGGGAUUAGAAGCAUCACAACAGAUCGUAAGAGAAAACAUAUAAUUGACACUGAUGAAUCUGUGUCUCAAUCAGAUGCUAUUGGUAACAAGUCGAACCAACGAUCAGGAUCAACGCGAAGGAGUCGAGCAGCUGAGGUUCAUAAUCUCUCCGAAAGGAGAAGGAGAGAUAGGAUAAACGAGAGAAUGAAGGCUUUGCAAGAACUAAUACCUCACUGCAGUAAAACCGAUAAAGCUUCGAUUUUGGACGAAGCCAUAGAUUACUUGAAAUCACUUCAGUUACAGCUUCAAGUUAUGUGGAUGGGAAGUGGAAUGGCGGCGGCGACGGCGGCGACGGCGGCUCCGAUGAUGUAUCCCGGAGCCGGAGUACAGCCUCCGCCGUUCAUUCGUCAAAUGCCGAACCCGGUACCGUUUCCUCGAUUCCCGGUUAUGGACCGGUCUGCGAUUCAGAAUAAUCCCGGUUUAGUUUGUCAGGUCCCGGUACAAAAUCAGGUCUUCUCCGAUCGAUUUGCUAGAUACGUCGGCGGAAUCCCACCGAUGCAGGCCGCGUCUCAGCCUGAGGAGAUGUUGAAAUUUGGUUUCCCGGCGGGACAGCAAAGUCAACAACCGUCUGCGCCGACGAAGACCACCGACGGUCCUUGUUAGGAUGUCGUGGCAAAUCUUCUCUUCUGUAUUGGUUUGUUUGGUUGUUGGAGCAAUUCUUCUUCUUUAUUUAUAUAAUUCUGAACAUAAUUAAAACGUUCAAGGAUGUAUCACUAUUAUAGAGCAAAACGUUCAACUUUCAUUACGCUAUUUUUUUCUGUAUAUGCGAGUUUAUGUAUGUUACUAUGAUGUCAAAAUGACAUGAUGAGAUUUUUGUAA